CACAGUUUAAUAUAGCUCCCAGUAGGGGUCAGUAUCGCUCCACCAAUGAUAAAUGACCUUUGGUAGGAGAUGACCAUUGCUAGGAGUAGCUAUACUUCUAAAUGAGUUAUUUGUGUUGCAGAGCAACAUUUUCACAUUUAGCUAUUUAUUCACUGGGAGUUUUUUCGCUGACAGUAGUGGAUGUACUUGUUUCCCUAUUAUUAAUAUGAAGUCUUAGCAGUAGACUGUAAAAGAAAAGAAACAAUCUUUGUGACAUUUCCUCCCAGUUGUCCAGUCUUUCCAUCGAAGACCAGGCAGACAUACAGUUCCCCUACGCCAUGAGGGAUCUACCUCCUGUGUCUCAUUCAGCUGAAAAGUCACAGAACCAAGACCGCUUGGAUGUAGAAGAACCUCCGACUGCAGCCAACGGGAGGCUGCCCGGGUAUCCAGGAACGCCUCCUCCAUCCCGUCCAGUUCGCCCUGCCGGUUCUCCGACCGUCCCUCCCCGGCCCAGUCACGCAGGACGGGACUCGUCACAGAUUCUCCCGUUGAAGAGGCAGCUUGUCUCUCAGGUUUCUCUGGACUCUCCUCUGAGCCCGGCCUCGAGGCCACGCAGUCCCUGGAGACAUCUUGACCCUUACGAUUCUCCAGAGGACCAGGACAAAGAGUACGUGGGUUUUGCUACGUUGCCCAACCAGGUUCACAGAAAGACGGUGAAGAAAGGAUUCACCUUUACGCUGAUGGUGGCAGGAGAGACUGGACUCGGCAAAUCCACACUAAUAAACAGUUUGUUCCUCACUGAUCUCUACAAAGACAGAAAAGUUCCCAACGCUGAGGAGCGGAUCAGUCUAACGGUCGACAUCAUCAAGCACACCAUCGGCAUCGAGGAGAAAGGAAUCAAACUGAGGCUCUCCAUCAUAGACACGCCAGGCUUUGGAGAUGCUGUCAACAACACAGCAAGCUGGAAGCAUGUAGAAGACUACAUUGACCAGCAGUUCGAGCAGUAUUUCAGAGAUGAGAGCGGGCUGAACAGGAAGAACAUUCAGGACAACAGAGUCCACUGCCUGCUCUACUUCAUCUCUCCUUUUGGCCACGGUUUAAGGCCGAUUGACGUGGAGUGCAUGAAGGCUUUGCAUGAAAAAGUCAACAUUAUUCCUUUACUGGCCAAAGCCGACAGCCUGACGCAAGCAGAAGUCUACAGCAAGAAAUUAAAGAUGAGGGACGAGAUCAAGCAGUUUGGGAUUAACAUCUAUCAGUUUCCAGAGUGCGACUCGGAUGAGGACGAAGACUUCAAGAGACAGGAACAGAUCCUCAAGGACAGCAUACCGUUUGCUGUAAUCGGGAGCAACAUCCAGGUGGACAGCAAAGGCAAAAGGUUCAGAGGUCGCUCCUAUCCGUGGGGCGUGGUAGAAGUUGAGAACCCGAUCCACUCAGACUUCCUGAUGCUGAGGAACAUGCUGGUGAGGACGCACAUGCAGGACCUGAAGGACGUGACUCGAGAGAUCCACUACGAAAACUACCGGGCGCAGUGCAUCCAGAGCAUGACCCGCAUGAUGGUGCAGGAGAGGAAACGCAGUUUACGGGAGAAGCAUCGCGAAGGAAGCGAGGUGGACUUUCCUCUUCCACUCGCAGCAGUUGACACCGAGAUGGAGAGACAGAUUUUCGAGAAAGACGAAGAACUGAGAAAGAUGCAGGAGGUGCUGGAGAGGAUUCAGGAGCAGAUGCAGCAGAGCCAGAGAGGCACCUGCUGAGCUAACAGAGACUAAAUCUUCUGCAAAACGGCCAUUUCGACAAGUUCAAGUGAGAGCUUUCAAAAAAGUGGACCAAAAAUGUUUCAGUGGACAACUGUGUGACAACUCAGCUUUGGUUUGUGUUCAUAUCAAGAGAGCUUGUUGCAUGCUAUUCAAACAGUGACGUGCGGUGAGUUCAAAAUUCAGUAUAGAAGCUAUAUUUUCAUUUGAACCAAAGCUCAUUAAAGCUUCUAACAAUAUAGAGGCAAAGAAUAUUUAAUAAGGCGACAUUAAAUUUUUUUCGGUUGACCUCCCCAUUUUCUGAUUAAGAUAUCGAAAAAUCGUGUAUGAUCUUACCUUUA